AUGUAUCAAUUCAUAAACAACUGUAGAAAUAAUGACAAACUAACAGGAAAUCUUAGUGUCAAUGAAAUUCAGACUGCUUUGACUUCAUGGAUUCGAGAUUCGCAACUGCGUAAAUACCCGGAUGUUAUUGAGAGUUUAAACAACAAAUCAGAGAAAAAUGCGCUAGUGAAGCAACUUAGAUUGUACAUGGAUAAAAUGAACAUUAUCCGUUGUGGCGGGAGAAUUAACAAUGCACCUAUUGAUGAAUCAGCUAAAUUUCCAGUACUAAUACCGAAAAAAGACAGAUUUUGUAAAUUUAUUGUGAUGGAUGCACACGCAAAGAAUUUUCACUCUGGAUUAGAAAGUACAGUGACAUUUAUUCGCCAGUCAUACUGGAUUCCGUCGAUUCGACAAUGUGUGAAAUCAAUACUCCGUAAUUGCGUUACUUGCCGUAAAAUUACCGGAAGACCAUAUCAUACACCUGACCCACCACCACUGCCGUCCAACAGACUUAAUGAUUCACCACCGUUUACCGUAACCGGUGUCGACUUCACAGGAGCAUUGAAUGUGAGAACAAAAAGCAACAGUAUUAGAGCAACUCAACAUAUAUGGAACCCAGUGGAAAUUUAUUCCGAAGCGUGCACCAUGGUAUAUGGUGGUUGGUGGGAACGAUUGAUCGGCUUGACCAAGAAUUGCAUAAAGAAAGUUUUAGGACGAGCACUGGUUACUUUUAGAGUGCUAGAGACAAUUGUGAUCGAGAUAGAGGCUAUAUUAAAUGAUCGUCCGUUAACCCACGUAUCAACGGACCUUACCGAUGAUGAACCGCUUACACCGUCUCAUCUUCUCUAUGGAAGACGGGUUAAAACUUUACCGUAUUCAGGAACAAUUAAUUUCAGCAGUGAGGAGAACGUACAAAACUUAACACAUUACACAGCAAAUAGACAAUCUAGUGUUCAAAAACGCAUUAUUCACGACUUUUGGAACAGAUGGCGACGAGAAUACCUCACUUCACUUAGGGAACAACAUAGAAACACCGGAAUUAACACUCAAAUCAUUAAAGUGGGCGACAUUGUACAGAUUCAUGAUGAUACACCAAGGACAGUGUGGAAUAUAGCGAUUAUCGUUAAGUUAGUUUAUGGGAGGGAUGGACUUUGUAGGUCUGCUACUUUACGCACUAAAAAUGGCACGACGUCUAGAGUAAUAAGUAAGCUAUAUCCACUUGAACUCUUAUCAACAGAUAUUCCGUGUGAUUCAAGUGACAACACUAUUACUUCAACCAGAAAAGCAAAAACUGAUGCCAAGGAGAAAAUCAAAAGUUGGAUUCAACCGUUCCGUAAAGCAUAA